AGAGAAAUGAUACGCGUGCCAAAAUCAGCUACAGAAUACGGAAACUUGGGCCCGGGGCAGCUGAUGAACAUGAGCGCAGUCGGAAUCUGCAGGCGAUGGGCUAGAGCGCCGACGUUCGAUGGAGAGAAAGCGCCAGAAACAAGAAUCUGCAGGGAAAUGAGGCUUCCACAUGCGGACGAGGCGGGAAACUCACAAGAUCAAUGGUGAUUUCCGGGAACGCUUCGUCGAGAACUGUAUCGGUAACUUCCAGCUCCGAAGGAACCCCGGUCUCUUCGUCACAGAAAUGCACGAGCUUCACGCACGAAGUCUGCUCGUUUUCCCUCACGUACAGCAACAGAUGCAGCAGCCGAUUGAUCUCGUCCGUUUUGACCAACACGCAGACGGGCUGUUUCUUCAGUGCUUGGAUCCAUCGCACCACGGAGGGCCCCCAGGCCUGGGUCCUCGGCCACAUGUGCAACCAUGGAUACUGGUCGUACAGCCAAUACAAUGCCCGAAGGAUCGAUACGUGGUUCUGCGCGCCUCCAAAUGCAAGCAGCACGCCAACCAGAUAGGCCGCAAAGUAGCUUCGACGGACAUCUCAGUGAAGAAUCAAAGAGAGCGGAGUUACAUACCCGGCUAUCGAAGGAUCAAUCGCGAUGUUGCCUGCGAAAACGACAAGCGUCACAGCGAAGGCGAGCAUGAUCAUCCAAAGCUUGGCACUACGUUCACACUCCAAUCUUCCACGGCUAAAUCUCAGGAGCAACAAGGCUAGAGGGAACAGCCCCAUCACGGUGAGCCAGACAAGGGAGAACCUGUGCCAGCAGUCAGUAGCGUACAAGCACCAUGCAGCCACAUACAUCUUGGAGACAAUGGCAAGGCUGGCGCCCGAUGAGGCAUACAAGGCCGCAUUCACCGCCGUGAAGACUACGAUCGAAACGUAUGGUGCGCCGGUGAAUGGGAGAGCGUUCUGGAAGAUUCGAGGAAGGAUUCUGUCGUGCGAGAGCUGUUCGAACAAUUCACAUGCACU